AUGUCAAAGGAAGUCCCGUUGUUGUACAAUAAAGAAUUGAAAGAGGACGAAAUAGUAUUAUCGCAGUUUGAGAAUGUAGUGUUUGAGAAUUUGCAAGUCCCAAUUAAGUUAGUGAAGAACGUCCCGAACCCCGAGGUGAACGAGAAAAUAGAAGAGAAGAAAAGAAGGAAGUACUAUAAACUUGCCAUAUCAGAGUCACCAUUUCUCCUUACAUCGGGCGGAACACAACCAGCAAUACCUUCAGCACCUUCCCAACCAAUCACUUCAUUCACAAGUAGAAAAGUAAGAGAUCAAGACAAAUUCGCUCUCAUUCAACUUGAAGACGACGGCACAGUCCAAAUCAAUGUGCUCGAUGAGUACUGGAUCUUUAAUAAGAAAUUUGAAUCAACAAAGAACCUCUCGAACAUCGCGCCGGAAGAAGAAAAGGCUGAGAAAGAGACGGAACCAACACGACAACGACAUCUUCCAGGAGAGAAUAGUGAUGAAGAACAAAAUUCGCAUUUCAGCGACAGGUACGCCGACGACGACGAUGAAUUCAAUCCCGGAGGAAAGAACGACUCCUUUUCGACAUCAUCGGACUCGGAAAACGAGAAGAAGUCGCGGAAGAGAGGAAGCGAAACACAAAAACCCCAAACGAAAAUCGACUUGAAGGAAGCUAUUAUCAAAGAAUUGAAAGCAAACGGAGAGGAAAUGUACGCAGAUGCGUUGUUUAAGAAAUUCAACCCAGAAGGUUUGCAAGACUUGAACGAAAAAAUCGGAAAGAUUUGCCAGAAGAUUGUCGACGCUACUGCAGAAGAGAACGGACCGACUCUGUUCAGCUUGAAGCAAAACAUCAAAAAAAGAGAAAGACGCGAAAAAAGAAGUGAGAAAAAAAAGAGUGAGAAAAAAGAGAAGAAAAAUUGA